UCGUGACCAUUCGUCACUAGCAUGCGCUGCGCUCGCGCUAGACAAGCGUCCCCCUUGCGUUGAGAGUAUACAUGUAUUUUCAAGCCCAACAGGGCGUAAAUCGAAGUAGAGACUAGUCCAUAUCCAAAACAAGCAAUAAUUGUCUGCGACCAGGCUAUUUCACCAAAGAUUAGAUAGGACUAAAUAGUAACCUUCCCAAGCCAUAGCCACAUAAACACCCAAUCGAACGUGGCUGCGGUUGUAAAAACUGGGCGCCAGGAACAGAACGAUGAGAGCGCUCUGUGAUCCACCCUAAAAGUACAAGCUAGCCAGCUAGCAAUGCUAUCGAGUUCAAACGACGCGCGCUGAAACGAGAGGCGGACAGAAAUUGAGAAUUGGAAACCACAUGUAGGUGGCCUCUAACAAGUCUUUUAAGUUGGUUUUGUGAGAUCUCAAAAGAUUCGUACUUGAGUGCAGGCUACCGAAGUAAUUUAUUCCUGCAUCAACCAUGGAUGAUCCUGCUUUUCCGGACAGCCACUACACGAGUACCACAACUGCUACAACGACCACCACAACGGUCCAAUCCCCUCCCUUGAAGGUCGACAUAGGCUAUGUGAAAUCCAUACCGGGGAUUCUACGGAUCGUUCAGAUCUGUGUUCUGCUACUGUACUGGAUCUUGUUGGCAUCUUGUCCAGUAGGGGGUUACCCUCUGGGUAUAUCCAUCGUAUCCUGGAUCUUCACCAUAAUAUUCUUUGUGAUAUUCCUGUUGCAACUGGACAAGCGAGUGCCGGCUGUUCACUGGGUCCUGACGGAGUUAUUUCACGACCUAGGAUGGGCCAUAUUGCAUUUCAUUGCGGCUUGUUUAGUAGCCAACUUCGCUGCUAAUAUUUACUCCUUUGGAUUCUACUAUAACCAUGGAUGUGUGUCUUUUUCAGCUGUGCUUGGGUUCGCCGUGACUAUCCUGUACGGAAUCAGCACCUUCUUUGACUUCCGCCGAUUCCAAGCUGGUGGGGGACUGAGCCGACUGACUGGGGGGAGCGGAGCCACAGGAGCACCUGCCGCUACCACCACCACCACUGUCACCACCACUGAGUACUCGGCAGAGAAGGGGGGUGACAUGCCCCCUGCUUACCCCAACCCCUAGGCUCCACUUGACUGGAUAUGGGUCUAGAACCUGCCCUGAUGCCCUGAGCUAGCUGGUGUUUUCCCAAACUGUCCCUAUAAAUGUCACUGCAUUUCUGCUGUUGUGCACGUGAUGUGCAAACAACAUGUACAAAGUCACCCACAAUGUUGUAUUUGUUUACAUCCUUCAGAAUGUUCAGUUUUAGCAGUACUUAUGUAAAGUGAGGAUAACAGCAUAUUUGAGCACUUGCAUUAGACCCCUUUGCUCUAUAGACUAUAUGUGCAUGCACAAGCGAGGGCACCUUGCUACCUAGUAACGACAUCCUGUGGUGCUGGCACGUUGCAUGCACAUGGUGGUUCACACUUCAGUUACAGACAGUCAUUCAAUUCAUUUGAACUGAAAGAAGAACUUCACCUGUAUGUCCAAUGUACAUGUACCAGCUAGAGAUGGAGAAUUAAACAAUGAAAUGUCGGGACUUUUGGGAGACUCAGUUGAUGGGGGUGACUGCAGCAUAUCACUGGACUGUAUAAUAUAUUCUGCAUAGUGUAAUACAUGUGUAAAACUUACAUGUACUUGUUCUCUAGUUAGUCGUAGCCAUGUAGAAUUAUUGUAAACUAGUGUCCUUUAUUUGAUACCAAUGUCUGUUUAUGAAGCUGUAUAGCCUACAAAACUGUUGAGCUGUAUUUUUCCAAUUGCCGUGCAUAAAUAUUAUUGAAAGCUUGAUUUUCCUUCUUUUUUUUAAAAUUGUAAUCUAUUGAGAAUCAUGAGGUUAAAUGUAAAGUGGUCUUGUGCCUUGAAUAUGCUAAUAUUUAGUAUUUCAACAUGUAAGAAAACUAUAAUUGUGCUUGGUUUAGCUUGAUGUAGAGAGGGCAGAUUUUACUCCUUUAUGAUGUAUAAAAAGAAUGACAUCGUUGUGUGCUGUGGUUGACACUGCAUGUCCAUAUAAAUGUACACUGACAGUGGUUUGAAUAAAUACGGACUUUACACUUGCAUCGGAUGGGGACAAAGGUCACUGCCGAAUUUAGGAAGUGGAUACAUGCAUAUUUGUGUGAUUAUUAAAAAUGUUGAUCUGUAUGCUGGACGUGAACAAGGCAGUGUUUAGGUGCAUCAUGUCAGAGAAAAGAAGACCAUGUGGCAUAUAUAGUCUAGGCUGUUGUGCCCUGCACCUGUCCCUGUGUAAAACUGUUAGCGAUAAGACAAAGGUCAUGUGUUUUGACUGUAUAAUGGAGUGACUUACUCUUGGGUUGUGAGCCAUGAAUAGCACCUUAGAUGGUUUUGAGGUGUUGGGCGUACAGUUGGACAGUGAAAAUCAGUAGGAAUUUAACCCAAAUUGGUGGGUUAGUUUCAUUCUUGGCCCUAUUCGUCCAGCUGUGUUUAGCUGUGAGAUAAUUUGUGCACAGAAAAAUGAAGUUGGCAUGUCUCUUAUGAAAGGUGUGGAAUCUGGCCUCUUUAGCAAUAUUGACAAUUGUUUAUGGUCAUUGACUUGGUGUGAAUUCAUUGUACGGAUGAAUUAGGGGUCAUCCAUUUUUGUCAUCAUUUUCACAAGCGUACUCUUCUUCCUGACCCCCUGCCCCUCUAAAAGAUUACAAAAUAAAAUGAUUGUAAGGCUGUUAAUGUGCAGUAGACCACCAGAGAAUAAUGGCAGGAGGAAAAACUUUGUCCAUGACAGGCCUCGACAUUUGCGGUUUCUGAUUGCCCGGGACAGAUUUCUUCUUUCAGUUCGGACAAGUGAAAAUUAAGGACAAAUUGCCCGAUGGACAGGUACUUUUUUCUUAAAAUAUAUGUGAAAAUGUCCAUUUUUUGUGGCCAAGAACAGCAGUCAGCAAAUGUACCUUUGAUUUAAUGUUUUUCCCUCUUCACAAAAGCUUACAGAAAGUGGUAAAAAGUAUACAGCGAGGCCUAUGUGGUUACAAUGAUUUGUUGCAUCCUUGCGUACAUGUACAAACUUGCAUGCUGUGCAUUUAGCAGGGCACCUUUCCACACAAGGGAAAAUGCAUACAUGAACUUUAAAACACACUUGUGUCUGGGUACCAAACCUCAUUGCACACACAGCACUACAGAGCUUUGAGGGAAGCUUGAAGACUCUUUCACAUGUGACUGUGAUUUCAAAGUUAAUGAUUUUUGCCUGGUGGUUGUGUCUGUACUUUUUCAUAUAUGACACCAGGCAAAAACCGUUGAGUGGUUAUGAAAUAGCCUUUGCCCAAGCUUGUAUGAAUGAUGCAUCAGAGUCCUGCGCACUCUCAGCACACACACAGUAGUUGGGGGGUGAUAGUUAGCCGGUCGAUGAUAAUCAUCAUUUUUAAGAUGUUUCUAAAGCGAACGCAACCAAUUCACCCCCUUCUCCCAGCGUACGGUUUGUAUGCUUGUGAAAAUGAUGACAAACAUGGAUGACCCCUUACCAACCUUUUCCUGUUAUUUGAAUAUAUUCAUUGUUUGGGGACGAAAUUUAAAGCUUAAAAAGUGAAAAUAAAAUGAAUGUGUGACAUUGUCAUUUUGUGAUGAUUCAAUUCUAAAUUCUGAUUUGCAUGAUAGCAUUUGUUGAAAGCACACAUUAUGUGAGCACAAUGUGCAUGUUUUUUAUUUUUACCAAAAUACUUCCUAGUUUUAUCAGGUUUCAGUACUUAACAAAUAUGUUAGAAUACAGUUUAUUAUGUACAAAUAGGAAAAAAAUUUCUGUUUACUCUUCAUGGAGAUUUUUUUCUUAUCUGUUCAUUGCCUUGGACAGUCGGGGUUGAAAGUGCCGUUAGGUGACAUGUAGAAAAAACCUAAUCCUGGAAAUGACAGUGACGCGUCAGUUUACUGAAGUUGCUCAGACAUAUUUCUUUGAAAAUGCUUGAAAGAAAUAUUCAGUGUGCUUGCUUAUUGGCCACUGUGAAGUUCUAUGAAAUUUUCAUCACAGUUGUUUUUAUUCCACUUGUUCGAUUUUUUUUUCUCAAGUCACAACAGCCCAAAGUACUUGUUUUUCAUUGUGUAAUGAAAGAUUGUAUUUUUUGAAAGUGGGACUAUUUUGUUUUCCUUUUUGCUUUUAGUGCGUUCUUGAAUCCUAUAAAAGUCUAGCAAAUGGAAGGCAACAUGCACUGUGUCUUAAUUGUGUUAGUUGUUCCUAGGAGUGUUGCAGAUUGUUCAUCUCAGAAUGAUAGGUGGCCAGACAGAAAUACACUGAUAUGAAAUUGAUCUCGAGUUGAGUAUUGGUGUCGGUGACAAAGCCAUAAUUAGUGCUGGAAAAAAUUAUAAUAGUGUGGUCAGAUUGUGAUUACACAAUUUCAGUUGAAGGGGAAAGCGUUUUUGUUUUGUUUCUGGUUUGUUUUGUUUUAGAUAUUGUUUUUCUGUUUUAUUUACAGAUUGGGUUUGUCACUUUUAAUAAUUCAUAACACAAAGUGCCUAAAAAGACAGUGGUUGUAUUUUUUCCCUCCCAGAAGUUCAUCAAAUUGAAACGUAUCUUUUGCGUUUGACAGGAUUAAUCAGCAGUGGAAGUGAAGUCGUUAUGAAUUGUUCUGCAGUGGCCUUAAUUUCUCGUUGACAUAAUGGAAUUAUAUCUUGUUACUUGACACAUGUGUAUGCCUUGUAGGGGGAUGAUCAGUGUGCACACACACACACACACUGAGUACAGUUCUCAAAUCAAGGUUGUCAGUACCAGUACAUAAACCUUGUUUUUACCUAAUUGAGUCGUUUCUUCAGUACAUGUAGGUGAAGUUUAAAGUAGCAUUCUGUGGUUGUGUGAGGUCAUAUGCCAAAGCAGUGAAGAAAUAAAUUUGCAGCUUUUUUCCCCAGUCCA